UUGAACGUUUACAUCUAGCUAGCAGUGCACUGUGUGAGCGUUUCCGAACAAAAGCCUGAAGACGAGCUAAUCAAUAGCAGCAAUCGGCAUUUUAAAACGAAACAAUUGAUUAUCAAGUUGUAGAUAAAGGCCCAGAAGUUACCCUUCUCUCCAGCUAAGAUGGGAGGGGCUGUGAGCGCUGGGGAGGAUAAUGACGAGUUGAUUGACAACCUGAAGGAGGCACACUACAUCCGUUCGGACCUGGUGGAGCGGGCCUUCAGGGCCAUCGACCGGGCCGACUACUACCUGGAGGAGUACCGUGACAGCGCCUACAAGGACCUGGCCUGGAGGCACGGCAACAUCCACCUAUCAGCCCCCUGUAUCUACUCGGAGGUGAUGGAGGCCCUGGACCUUCACCCUGGCCUGUCCUUCCUCAACCUGGGCAGUGGGACUGGGUACCUCAGCACUAUGGUGGGCCUCAUACUGGGUCCAUUUGGUGUGAACCAUGGGGUGGAGUUGCAUGCUGAUGUGAUUGAGUAUGCCUACCAGAAGCUUGCCUACUUCAUCAAAACCAGCGAAAGCUUUGACAAGUUUGAGUUCUGCGAGCCUUCCUUUGUGAUGGGGAACUGCCUGGAGAUUCCCUCUGAGAGCAGGCAGUAUGACAGGGUGUAUUGUGGGGCGGGGGUGCAGAGAGACCAUGAAGAAUACAUGAUGAACCUGCUGAAGGUGGGGGGUGUUCUGGUACUGCCCCUAGAGGAGAAGCUAACCAAGAUCACGCGUACAGGCCUGAGCAGCUGGGAGACCAAAAAGAUCAUUGCUGUGUCCUUCGCUCCCCUGGUGCUCCCCAAAGAUUACACCAGUAACAUCAACCCCAAGACCGUCCCACUACCCAUGUUUGAGGUGCGGACGCUGCAGGAGCUGGCUCGUAUAGCCAUCCGCCACACCCUGAGAGUGACCAUGGACAAUGGGGAGGGUCAGCCACGGGGCCGGGGCUCUUUUGGAGGAGGCAGGGGCCUGGGAGUCAGUGGGCUCCACAAGUACGGCCCACGCUUUAAACGCCGGCGCAUUCAUCGGCGCCACUGCACCUCUGUGGUACUGAGCAGUGCCCUCCCUACCUCCGCCCUCAUGGACAACAACAAUAACCGCGGGGGCCAGGAGGAGGAGAAGCAGGGAAGGGCAACCCGGGGAGCGGGAGAGGAGGAGGAGGAGGAGGAGGCUGCGGAGGAGGAAGAAGAGGAGGAAGCAGAGAGGGAGACAGGGGAGCUACUCCGGGCAGAACCACCUAUAAACAUCCUGAGAGAGAGGAUUCUCUGUUUGCCCCUCCCGGAGCCUCUGAAGAUGUACCUGCUCUACUACCGGGAGAGAUGACUUCUCCACAGAUAGAACUAACAGCAGAAAACAACCAAGCAACCAGCCUUGGGCAUCUACAACCCCUGACCCCUACCACUCUUCUAGGCACGGCAACAGGCCCCCUGUUACUGACUCACUGACUGGGUCUGUAUCCCUCUUGUCCUCUACAUCAUCCUCUCUAUCUCUGUGUGUGUUUUUCUUACUCAAUGCCUUUCCUGUAUGUGUAAGAAGCAUACAUAUUUGACCAGUGUAAUGGUAAGGGUUUCACCUCUGUGAUAGAAUGGCUCCCUGGGAAUCUGUAGCUUAGCUUUCUCAAUGGCACAGAUAGCUUUCUCUGACAGCCAAACAGAUCCAUUUUUGUUGCAGUAGUUGGGAGAGGAGGAUCAUUGUGAUAUUUUUUUAUUUUUUUCCAUUUUAACUCAACUCAACAGAGGGUUGGGUGGGUGUGAGUUUGUGAUCUAUCAUUAUGUGAUGUGAUUGAGCGCUGGACAUAUGGUGGUGUCUGUUAUCUUGUUGGAAGACUCUUCUUAUUGGACAUUACGUGCAGCCACAGGUUCCAGAGCACACAGAGCACAGGGUUCAGGUCUUAAAUAAAGGUAAACCACUGGAUAUUGCUUUAGUCUUGUGCUUUAUAAAUGGCAUAGCAUCCGAGCCGGAGGAGAAAUAGUUUGUAAUUUCAGUCGUGUCCAGAAGCCAGAGAGACUUUGUUUGGCAUAGUGGACAGGGAUUUGAGACCACAAAGCUGGGAUUUUCCCUAUUAGACCCCCCCCCAAGUUCCCAUAACAUCAUAGAUCUGUUCAGGGGAGCUGUUUGUGUGGAGUUUGCACAAUGAGUAUCAGGUAGGAUUCCACAGUGAGGCCAUUUUGUUUUUGAUAUUGCACAUCGCAACAUUGGUCUGAUCUGGUGUGGCUGAGUGGAGCUGGUAGAGGUGCCUGGUGAAGACGUGGUAUGUCUGAAACUGUUGACCUACAUUAGGUUUAGAGACCUAUAUCUAAAGUGAUGCUAUUGGUUGACUCUAUUCUGUUAGCAGGUUGACCUUGGCAGACUGGCAGUGAAGACUAGGUGUGUUUUUGAGAGUCAGCAUUCCAGAGAAUAACUGUAGUCGACACUAUGAUAUGAUAAAGUCCAGAAGAUGUUUCAACAUGAUCAUGAGACUAAGGUUGGCAAUGCUUCUUCAAAUGUGAUGAUGGAUUCUGCUCAUUUCCAAAUUCAAAAGCACCUACUAGAGAUCAAAUUCUCUUUUUAUGUUUAGUAGAUUUAUUUUCCAAGAGGUCCUAUGAAUAUUUCCUAGCUCGUCCGUGUUGGGUUCAGUGACAUUUUUAAUUCUGUCAAUUCGGGGGGGGUAAUACAUUUGAUUCAUAGGUAGAUUUAAAUUUAGUUGAAUUUCAUUAGCUUCUGAAUUGAUUGGAUAAAGGUGAAAUUGACUCUAACCCUGGCAUGUACAUUUAUCUAAAUAUGCUCAUUUGGUUUACUCCAUAAUCAAUAGUGAAAGCUUGCAGAGGAUCAUGUUUUUUUCCCUACAUACUAUUUGUGUUUUCCUAUUGGUCGAAAACCGCAUGCAGGGGGGGGGGAACUGGUUGAUGCCAAUUCAUUUUGUUGAUGUGUGGAGGUUUGCUUCACUUUCCUCCUGUCAUUCAAAACUAUCUGUUUUGUUAAUAUACAUUUUGAAGUGGAGUUUGGUGUUCAUCAGCACAUGGAACAUUGUUUCUGUGUAGUAUUUGGUUUGUAAUGCAACAGGAAAAUUAAAAACGGACUAAAAUAAAAAAAAAAAUUAGAUCAUAAUCGCUACAGAUAUUCCUUAAGUUACAGACCUGGAUGUUUUAACCUUUCACCCUUCAGUGCCAAACCUACAGUAUGUCGCAUGAAACUUUCAUUCUAGUUAUAACUAUUUUGAUUUGUCCUUUUUAAUAGAACAUUUGGAAAUAUGCUUUCUCAUUGAUAAAUCUUUAUAGUGACUUGGCCAGGCAGAUUGCUUUGGUCGUCCAACUGUGUAACAGUACACAUCUUGAGUUUUGUCAUGUUCAUUUUCAAUAUUGUGGUAGAUGACAAUAAAGGCCUUAAGUCUUUCCCAGUCUGCCUUUUAUUCUGUGCUGUAGAACCAUUCCUUUGGCUUCUUUGAAUAUUGCUUCUUCUUUUUUUCUGUCAAAGCUUAUUAUUUUGUGAAUGUUUGUGUUGUACUUCAGCAGUUUAAGGAUGUUUUGGAAUUUGAGCUGUACUAUUGAAUGCUGUUAAUAAAAUCAUUUAUGCAAAGUUGA